AUCGUUAUCGGUACACUCUCAUCAACCUCAAAACCAAAGGAUGUCACCAAAUCUUUAUCACCAUCACCAACACCAUCAAUAAAACAGAAAAGAUACAAGGAAGAAGAUGACAAGGAAUCUCAAGACGAAUUCAAAAUAAAAAUCAAAAAUGAUGAUGAUGGGUUGACUCGGACAUCUUGGAAUACGCAUUUGGAUGGAGAAAUGAAGAAUAUCUCAAUUAUUUCUGAUGAUGGCUAUAACGAAAAUAUCAAGAAUUGGGAACGAAAAAUUAAAAGAGUCGCGGCCAUGUAUAAAACUGAUAAUGAUAGUAUUUUAGCUUUAGUCGAGUGGAAAACUGGUGAUUUUUCAUUACAUGAUCAAAAUGUAUUACAUCAACAUUGUCCUCAAGCGCUUAUUAAUUUCUAUGAAAAUCAUCUCACUUUCCUCUCGGAUGACAAGACUGAUUCCAAGGCUGAUUGCAAGACUGAUUCUAAGACUGAUUGCAAGACUGACAACUGCUUGGACGACAAGACUCAUAUCCUCUCAGAUGGCAAGACUGACACUUGCUCGGAUGACAAGAUUGAUAUCCCGUCUGAUGACAAGACUGGAACCCCCUCAUCUCCCAAGGUUGAAAAACAGGCAAAGCAAGACGUUUUACAAUCGGCAUGAAAUUUCAGUAGUAUAUAAUGAUGAUUUUUGACAUCUCUUCUUUUUACAACAUAACACAGAUUACCCACUUGAUACAAUCCACCUCUCGUAUUAUUGCGUUUUUUUUUUUCUGAUUGAUAUUAGUUUAAUAAAAAAUGAUCUAUCC